AUGGCGAGAGAGGAGUGCAGGGCGCGGCUGGACGUUCUCAGCAGGGCCACCGCGUGCUACCACCAUCUGGUGCUGACCGUCGGCGGCUCGGCCGACUCGCAGAAGCUGCGUGAGGAGUUGCAAAAGACCCGCCAGAAGGCGCAGGAGCUGGCAGUGGCCACCUGCGCCCGGCUGACGGCCGCCCUGCGCGACCGCAGUCUGGAUGCCGCUGAGCGCGCCGAGUUCGAGCGCCUCUGGGUGACCUUCUCUGGCUGCCUGGAGCUGCUGGAAGCGGACAUGCGGCGCGCGCUGGUGCUGGGCACGGCGUUCCCAUUGCACGCGCCGAGGCGGCCGCCCGUGCGCACCGGCGUGGCUGGAGGCUCAGCGGGCAUCGCGGCGCGCGCCCUGAACACUGGCAGCCCGCGGCGCGAGGCUGACAGCGACUUCGAUGUGCGAGACCUGCGGGAGCUGGAGCGGGAGCUCCUUCAGGUGGGCGAAAUGAUACAAGCCAUGGAGAUGAAAGUCAACGUGCCGCGCUGGACCGUGCAGGCCCGGCCGUUGGCAGGCGCCGAGCUCCUAGCCAGUGCCAGCGCCAGCGCCUCCUCGAUGUCCAUGGAAGAGCGCGCGGGACCCUGUGACCUGAACAAGGUCAUGGCCGCCGCCGUUUUCAGUGCAGUGCUGCUAGUGGCGGGGGCCCUGGUCGUGUGCGUGGCUAAACUGAGCUGA